AUGAAUUGGCAACCAGUACAAGCUGAUGAUCUUCAACAAAUUUUAAUAUUAUUACGUCAAUCCCAAUCACCCGAUACACAAAUUCAACGACAAGUUCAAGCACGUUUAGAAUCACUUAAUCAAUAUCCUGAUUUUAAUAAAUAUCUUGUUUAUAUUUUAACAAAAUUACUUGAUGAACAAGAAGCAACACGUUCAUUAUCUGGUUUAAUUUUAAAAAAUAAUGCUAAAUCACAUUAUGAAAAAUUUCCAGAUGAGGUACGAUCAUUUAUUAAACAAGAAUGUUUAUCAGCAUUAGGUGAUCGUUCACCAUUAAUACGUGCAACUGUUGGAAUAUUAAUAACAACAAUUGUUACGAAAGGUUCAUUAGAACAAUGGCCUUCUUUAUUAGAACAUCUUUAUUCAUGUUUGGAUUCAGUCGAUAUUAAUUUAUGUGAAGGAGCAUUUGGAGCAUUACAAAAAAUUUGUGAAGAUAGUGCUGAUCAACUUGAAAGUGCACCUUCACAACCUUUAAAUGUACUUAUACCGAAAUUUAUACAAUUUUUUCUUCAUUCUCAUCCAAAAAUUCGAUCACAUGCUAUUGCUUGUGUUAAUGAAUUUAUAACACCACGUGCUAGUGCUCUUAUGGCAAAUAUUGAUUUAUUUCUUGAAAAUUUAUUUCAAUUAGCAAAUGAUACUGAUUCUGAUGUACGUAAACAUGUUUGUCGUGCAUUAGUUAUGUUAGUUGAAGUUCGUAUUGAACGUUUAAUACCACAUAUGCAACAAAUAAUUGAAUAUAUGUUAUUAACAUCACAAGACAGUGAUGAUACUGUUGCAUUAGAAGCAUGUGAAUUUUGGUUAAUGAUUGCUGAUCAAGCCAUAUGUCGAGAUGUUUUACAACCAUAUUUAGAUAAAUUAUUACCAAUUCUUUGUAAAAAUAUGAAAUAUUCAGAAAUGGAUAUUAUUCUUUUACGAGGUGAUAUUGAUGAAGAUGAACACAUACCAGAUCGUAUUGAAGAUAUUCGUCCAAGAUUUCAUCGAGCACGUACUAGACAACAAACACAAAAUUUAUUAGAUACAAAUAGUCAAUUAAAUACUAUGACUGAUACAAAUAAUAAUUCAACAGCAACAUCACCGAAUAAUCAAUCAGGUCAACAUUUACAAGAUGAUGAUGAAGAUGAUGAUGAUGAUGAUGAUGAUGGAUCAGGUACAAAUGCUGAUCAAGCAACUGAAUGGAAUUUACGUAAAUGUUCUGCAGCUGCAUUAGAUGUUCUUUCAAAUGUAUUUCGUGAAACAAUUUUACCAAUAUUAUUACCAAUCUUACGUGAAAUGUUAUUUCAUACAAAUUGGCAAAUAAAAGAAAGUGGUAUACUUGUAUUAGGUGCUAUAGCUGAAGGUUGUUCACAUGGUUUAGCACCACAUUUACCUGAUCUUGUUGAUUAUUUAAUAAAAUGUCUUAAUGAUAAAAAACCUUUAGUACGUUCAAUAACAUGUUGGACAUUAUCAAGAUAUUCAACAUGGAUUGUACAUAAUGAAGUACAACAAAAUAGAUUUCUUAUUCCUUUAAUGUCUGAAUUACUUAAAAGAAUAUUAGAUGCAAAUAAAAAAGUUCAAGAAGCUGCUUGUAGUGCAUUUGCAACAUUAGAAGAAGAAGCAUGUAUACAAAUGGUACCGUAUUUAAAUCAAAUUCUUGAAACAUUAGUACAUGCUUUUCGUAAAUAUCAAGCAAAAAAUUUAUUAAUACUUUAUGAUGCUAUUGGAACAUUAGCUGAUAGUGUUGGUUCACAUUUAAAUCGUCCAGAUUAUAUACAAUUAUUAAUGCCACCAUUAAUUGAACGAUGGAAUUUAUUAAGAAAUGAUGAUAAAGAUUUAUUUCCAUUACUUGAAUGUCUUUCAUCAAUUGCAACAGCAUUACAAACAGGAUUUUUACCUUAUUGUGAACCAGUAUUUGGUCGAUGUAUUUUACUUGUACAACAAACAUUAGAAGCUAAUAGUGGAGAUACACCAGCGGAUAAAGAUUUUAUGAUUGUUGCACUUGAUUUACUAUCCGGUUUAGCUGAAGGACUUGGUUCUCAUAUUGAUUCUCUUGUUGAACGAUCAAAUCUUUUAACAUUACUUGAACGUUGUGCACAAGAUUCAAUGGCUGAAGUUCGUCAAAGUUCAUUUGCAUUAUUAGGUGAUUUAACAAAAGCAUGUUUUCGUCAUGUUCGUAAACAUCUAAAUAUUUUUUUACCAUUAUUAACACAAAAUCUUGAUCCACAUCACGUUAGUGUAUGUAAUAAUGCUAUAUGGGCUAUAGGUGAAAUAGCUAUACAAAUUGGUUCUGAAAUUCAACCAUUUGUUUCAAUUAUUCUUGAAGCAUUAAUUAUAAUUAUUAAUCGAAAUAAUACACCGAAAACUUUAUUAGAAAAUACAGCAAUAACAAUUGGACGUUUAGGUCUUGUUUGUCCAAAUGAUGUUUCCUCUCAAUUAGCACGUUUUAUUCGUCCAUGGUGUGUUGCUUUACGAAAUAUACGUGAUAAUGAAGAAAAAGAUUCAGCAUUUCGUGGUAUAUGUAAUAUGAUUAUAUUAAAUCCAUUAGGUGUUACAAGUGAAUUUAUUUAUGUAUGUGACGCUAUAGCAUCAUGGGAAAAACCACCUAUGGAAUUACAUGCUAAAUUUCGAGAUAUUUUACAAACAUUUAAACAAGAAUUUGGUAAUGAACAAUGGAAACAAUUAACAGAUCGAUUUCCUUUACCACUAAAACAGCGUCUUCAAAUUCAUUAUGGUGUUUAA